UGCGCAGUGCGAAAGCUGCCAUGGGUGAGAUGUGAGUGAUUGUAGGCCGUAACUGCGGCAGCGGAAAAAGUAGUUAGGAGAGAACUGGGCCAGCCAAUCCCUACCUGCUCUCAAUUUUCAAAGAUGAUGGGAGGUGAAGACUCGCAUCCCACUCGAUCUGCGGCGAGUUUGUGGUGAUCAACAGCCUUACUUCAUUUCCCCAGUCUACUGUUUACAGCGCUCUACCUGGAAGGUCUCGCAAGGCCAGUGCGCAUUACCACGAGAUUGUAUAGUGAUUGGUCUCAGAACAGACAGCCAUGGACAUCUCGUGUCUUCGUCUUGCUGCUAAUCCGCAGCUGGCUCUGGCCUCCUCUAAAUCCUCGAUUCACAAUGCCUCCACUUUGGAUUCUGUGCUAGGACUUCCGCGUUUGAGCGCGAUGAAAUGGCGAUCGACUGUCGCACUAGCCAAAUUGGAUUCAAGCAAGAAUGGAGGUCGCUCACGGAACGGCGCGUUGGAUUCGUCGUUAAUGAGGUUCAAACAUGUUGGCGGACAGGUUUUCAGAGCUUCAGAGCGUUUUUCUUUCGGUUCGAAAGUAUCUGAUGGAAGAGCGUGCGGAUGGAGCACAUGGGUUCGCGCCGGAGAAGAAGUUGGAAAAACCGUCGACUCGACGGCAGGUCAGGGAGUUUUGCACAUGGUCAAGGAAGGACUGCAUCUGGCUUUUUCUCUGGGAGCAUUUCUUGCCCUCGACAAAUACCUCAAGAGCAUGUUCUUGGCCAACGCCAUACGCUUCCCCAGUGCGCUUUUUGGAAUGUUAUCCUUGUUUCUGCUGUUAACAACACUGAGCGCUGUCAGCACUGGUGCUGCGAAUAAGGUGGAAGCUUUCUUCUCGCCGGCCAUACUGUUCAUCCAACGUUGGUUGCCUCUUUUCUAUGUGCCGUCUUUGGUGGUGGUCCCUCUCGCUGUGAAGGGCAUUCCAGCUUCCGAAGGAGUCAAAAUCGGAGCGAUAUUAUUUGGAGGAUGGAUGGCCUCCUUGCUUGUGGCUGGCUACACAGCAGUACAGGUGCGAAAGAUGGUCAACACAGAACUCCUUCCAGCAGACCCUGUGCCCAAGGCAGCCCCUUUCACAUCUACAGAGCGUAUUUCCUGGAUUGCAGCUAUGUUGGUCUUCUUUGGCGUAGCUGUGCGUUAUCCCACUGUCUUGGGGCCUGAAUCCACCACUGCUGCUCCGUUUCUACUUGCAGCGACUGUCGUGGGAUACCUGGUGGGCACUAGUUUCCCUGAGGCAGCAAAGAAGGUUUUCCAUCCAAUUAUUGUAUGUGCUGUUACUGCUGAUAUUGGUGCGUACGCAUUGGGUAUGGCAACAGGCAAAGGAUUUGAACCUACUCUAGGAGCCUAUUUGACGAAGAGUGCAGGUAGCCCAGGGGCUGGUGAUGUACUCAUGGGAUUCCUGGGCCCAGUGAUUCUGUCUUUUGCAUUCUCCAUGUAUCGACAGCGGAAGGUUGUCCAGCGGCAUGCUGCCGAAAUUAUUACAGGAGUGGUGGUAUCAUCACUUUUCUCCUUGUACUCCACGGCAGCCAUCGGUCGCGUUCUGGGGCUUCUACCAGCCCUGACUGCUGCAAUUAUCCCUCGCUGCGUCACUGUAGCUCUGGCACUUCCUAUUGCCACCUUACUUGAAGGAAACAAUGCGUCUCUUACGGCUGCUGCAGUGGUGGUUACGGGACUUAUUGGAGCAAACUUUGCUCAAGUGGUGAUGGAUAAGUUUGGGUUGAAAGACCCCAUAGCACGAGGCAUGGCAACUGCCGCCAGUGCCCAUGGAUUAGGGACGGCAGCGUUGGCAGGAAAAGAACCAGAAGCACUUCCUUACUGCGCGAUUGCAUAUGCCUUAACUGGUAUCAUCAGUACACUCUUAUGUGCUCUUCCACCUGUGCGAGCCUCGCUGCUGUUAAUAGCAGGAGCAGCUUGAAAUCUUUGAAGUCACCUUCAUGGCAAUGAACCCUCUUGAUCAACCUUGUUCGUGGCCUAAGGUAUUUGAAAUCAUUGAAUCGUUUUCUUUUAGUCUUAUUUAAGUCUUGGAUAAAUCACAUCCUUGUAUCACCAGUGUUGCAAAUGGAGUUGACACGAAGUAUCUCAUUCUGGUUUUGAUCAAUUGUAGAUAAAAACUUGAUGGUUCAGUUUUUUAUUCGUCUCAUGUCACUUCACUUCACGAUUUGUAGAAAUGCAUCCAGAUAUUUGGGAGAAAACCAUAACUGGAAGCUCACGUACACAUACUGAUGAAGUAUCGCCAUGUUGGGGAAGUAUCUUGUCUGAAUGGAAAGUAGUUUUUGCAAUCAUUGUAUCUCUGCCAAGAAUAUAAUUGUGAGAAUAAACACUUUGAAUUCAUUUAA